AUGUGGCCGUAUCUAGAAUCUGCAGUAAAAAUGAAAUUACCUGAUCUUAUUUCUCUGACUUCUUUGAAAUCAAAUAAAAGACUUCUUGAUUUGUGUGCCAAGCACGAAAUAAGAUGUUCUGAACCACAAACUAAUUCCAAACUGCUGAAUAAACUUGUUGAACAUUUCAUAGAAAAAACUACUGUAAAUCCAACUUUCGUGUGUGACUAUCCAAUAAUAAUGAGCCUUCUUGCUAAACAGCAUCCUGAUAUCUGUGGGCUUAAUGAAAGAUUUGAAUUGUUCAUUAAAGGAAUAAAGGUUGUUAAUGGUUAUACAGCUUUAAAUGAUCCUAUUGAACUGAAACAAAGGUUUCAAAAUUUGGUAAAAGACAGGACUUCUGAAGAUAAUGAAAUUUCAAUGAUUGAUGAAACUUAUCUUGCUGCACUUGAGCAUGGACUCCCUCCAACUGUUGGUGGAAGAAUUGGUAUUGAUAGAUUUACAAUGAUUUUGACUAACAGCAGUGAUAUUAGAGAAAUCGUGUGGUUUCCCUUGGUUUCACCUAAACAGAAAAGUGAAAGCUCCUAA